AUGCCGGGGAAGAUUCAUACUGAAGCCGAAUGGGCAGAGUUUGGGAAGGAACAUGUUACACACGGGUUAGGUAGGCUGAGAGAUCAUGUCAUGGUCAAAGGACGUGGAGCGGAAUUAUGGACUUCAGAAGAGAAACGGUUCUUGGAUUUCACUUCUGGAAUUGGUGUGGUCAAUUUGGGACAUUGUCAUCCUGCUAUCACUGCCGCCGUGACUCAACAAGCAGAUUCCCUCGUUCACAUGCAAUGUUCUAUCGCAUUCUCAGCACCUUAUCUUCAACUCAUCGAACAUCUCCUUCCCGUCAUGCCACAUCCCUCUUUGGAUUCGUUCUUCUUCUGGAAUUCUGGUUCUGAAGCCGUCGAAGCUGCCGUCAAAGUCGCACGAAAGUAUACAGGAAGACAGAAUAUAAUCACCAUGCAAGGUAGUUAUCACGGUAGGACAUACGGUUCUGCCGCACUCACCAAGAGUAAAACUAUUUACUCUCAAAACACAGGUCCUAUGAUGAGUGGGGUGAUAACUACACCUUUCCCAUAUUGGCAUUCUCUUGGUGUUUCUCCCAGUACGUCUGAAGAAGAAUUAUGUAGAAUGGCCUUUCACCAACUCGACUUGGUUUUGAAGCAACAAACCGCCCCAAGUGACACAGCAGCAAUUAUCAUCGAACCUGUUCAAGGUGAAGGUGGUUACGUACCUUGUCCCCCUAAGUUUCUCCAUUAUCUUCGGGAAGUCUGCGACAAACAUUCCAUAUUACUCAUCAUUGACGAAGUCCAAACCGGAUUCUAUCGAACCGGUAAAUACUUCGCCAUCCAACAUUCUGGAGUCAGACCAGAUCUCAUGAUCUUCGCCAAGGGUAUUGCCAAUGGAUUUCCCAUCAGCGGAAUAGUCGGGUCGAAGAAGGUGAUGAACUGUAUGCCCGUGGGAAGUAUGGGUGGGACUUACGCUGGGAAUCCAGUUUGUUGUGCGGCAGGUGUGGCUGCUCAGGAAGUGUAUAAAACAGGACACAUUGCGGAGAACGUUGCUGAACGUUCGGCAGAAAUGCGCUCAGUACUCGAAUCCUUAGCCAAAUCAUCAAAAACCUCUCAUCUCAUAAUCGACACCCGUAUCCUAGGUCUAAUGGGUGCUAUCGAAUUCCGUAGUCCUUCUUCCCCUUUGACGAUGGAAGGUAUCUCACAAAACCAGAAUGUUCCAAAAGAUAUAGGCAAGAGAGUGCAGAAAUGCUGUUUGGAUAAAGGCAUGUUGAUACUCACCACGAGUUGCUUCGAUACCAUUCGGUUCAUACCGCCUUUGAUCAUUUCAGAGAAGGAGAUGGAAGAGGGGAUGAGUAUAUUCCGUGAUGCUGUAGAGACUGUUGCUAAGGAGGGGUGA